AUGGAGACAGAUCACAUCAAGCUACUCAACAAAGUCUGUCAAGAUGUGAUGAAUGAGUUUUCUCCCGAUUCGGAGGAGGAGACGCGUCGUCAAAGGCUUUUCCACGAACUUCAGUCAUUCAUCCGUGGGCAGUUCGCAGGUGCCCAGCUCACGCUCUAUGGCUCAUCGUGCAAUGGGUUUUGUCGUGUACAGAGUGAUCUAGACAUUUGUCUUACUAUUGACAGUAACAAAGAUGGCAAGGACCGUCAAGGCGCAGAUAUUAUCCAGCAGGUGGCGAGAAAGCUACGCAAACGCAAGGGCCUGCGCCAGAUCCUCGUCCUCACCAAAGCCAAAGUGCCCAUCGCGAAGUUCUACCACGAACCAACUGGUCUUGAGUGCGACAUUAGCCUAAAUAACACAUUGGCGCAACACAACACGAGGCUCCUGAAGGCGUACAGCAAGAUUGAUGAGCGGGUCCGAAUACUUGGUUACACUUUUAAGCACUUUGCAAAGAUCUGUGACAUUGGUGAUGCGUCUCGGGGAAGCCUGUCAUCGUAUGCGUACAUCCUCCUGACAAUCUAUUACCUGCAGCAGUGCAGCCCACCGGUUAUUCCUGUGCUCCAGGAAUUCUACCCAGAAGGGGACCAGAAACCUGAAGUCAUGGUUGAAGGAUGGAAUGUAUGGUUUUUUGAUGACAUUGAAGUUGUGAAAUCUGUCUGGAAUGAAUUUGGGCACAACAACGAGGACGUUGGUAAGCUGUGGCUAGGCAUGCUCAGGUUCUACACAGAGUUCAACUUCCAAGAACAUGUUGUGAGCAUUCGACAGAGGGCGCCUCUAACGAAGCAUCAGAAGGCUUGGACAUCAAAGUAUAUAGCCAUCGAAGACCGCUGCGACUUUGGGGAUAUGACGAAGAGACUCAUCCGGGACAGGUUUGUCGUCGGGCUCCAAGGCGUGCAACUAUCCGAGGCCUUGCAGAUGGAUCCGCAGCUGACAUUGGCUACGGCGCUGGAUAAGGCGCGCCUCAAGGAAACCGUGCGUCAGCAGCGGCAGAGCCUUCGACCGAAGGUUGUCCACAUCGGGAGCCCGCCAGAACUUCAGGACCAAGGCGUCAUCGUGGACACCGUGGGCCACAAGAAACGACCGCAGCACAAAGAGUGA